GUCAUAAUUCAAUGUGACACAAUGUCGGUGUAGCAUUUUGAUGUUUGACAGUAGCUAGCUACCAUAGCUGUGUAGGUCGUCUAUGGUCACGUUAGAUCUCUGUGUAGAAAGCUUUAGUAAACAUUUUCUGAUGCGACGUAUACCUAAUUCACCUGACAGUGAAUCGACGAGGAGAAUCAUAUUAAAUGAUAUUUAGAUCAAAAUUGAAGGUCGUGACUCGUGUUAUCUAGAAAAGCAUCAUAGCUUGGCUAACUAGCUUAGCAGACAGCCAUCUAAAUGAAUUGAGUUGACCCCCCAAGGAGGAAAAUAUGCAUUUGGCAGAUUUCGUUGCUGGUUCCGUUGGAGGAGCCUUUGGAGUGGCUGUGGGGUAUCCUUUGGACACAGUGAAGGUGAGAAUACAGACACAAAGGAGAUUCACAGGAGUUUGGCAAUGUAUUCAUACUACAUGGAAGACAGAAGGGGUGAAUGGAUUCUACAGGGGCAUGUCCAUGCCAGUCACCACUGUGUCCAUCAGCUCCUCUGUAGUGUUUGGCGUCUACAGGAAUGUCCUGCAGUGUUUACAUCAACUACGAUCCACCUCCACAGGUUUGGAUUUUCUGCCAGCCAAAGUGGACUUCUUCUUGUCCGGGUUGUCAGGAGGUGUUGCCCAGGUAUCUGUGAUGGCACCAGCUGACAUAGUAAAAGUACGGAUGCAGUGUCAGAUGGUACACCAAGGCUUGGACGCUCAGCAACCCAAGUAUCGCGGCCCAAUGCACUGUCUGCUGACCAUCGCUCGUGAAGAGGGCUUCCUCGGGCUGUACAAGGGAGCUGGUGCCCUCGCCCUGCGAGACGGCCCCUCUUUUGCCACCUACUUCACUAUUUACCACGUUAUCUGUGAGCAGCUAUCCCCACCUGAGAACACCCAGCCAGAGUGGAAUGUGGUUCUGCUUGCUGGUGGACUGUCAGGGAUGUGUGGCUGGUGCAUAGGGACACCCAUGGACGUGAUCAAAUCUCGUCUGCAGGUGGACGGUAUGGGCAAGAGGAGAUACACAGGUUUCUUCCACUGCAUCGCACAGAGCAUACGCACUGAGGGGCCGGGUGUUCUCUUCAAAGGCCUGGGCCUCAAUUGCAUACGGGCCUUCCCUGUCAACAUGUCCGUGUUCGCCAUGUACGAGGUGGUUGUGCGCCUCCUCCGACCGAAAACUUGAAUUUAAAGGCUUGGGUUGUUCAAUAGGUGCCGAAUGUACUGAAAUAGGAACUACUGGUCCGAGAACAAAUUUGGACACGGUCUGCACUAAUGAAUCCAACCUAGUCUUUGAAGAAUUGGGUGAUGGGAUUCUAUUUUAAUUGUUUCUCAUGCCAUUUUCCAUGACUACAAUAACACUCAAUCCAUUGUUGUAUCAUUAUCAUUAUUCACCUUUGCCUCAGUUGCUAUGUGAUUUUUAUAUAGUGCCAUACUGCCCUAUAAGGGCAAACUACAAUUCCUCAGUAAGAUUUAUUUGAAAUAUUCCUGCAUAGUAUUUCAAGGGAAAAUAUGAAUUGAAAAUGAAUACUAAGCUAAAACAGUUUUAUGGUUGAGUUCUGAUUGUUUAGCAAUAGGGCCUAAUAGUACUACAGAAACCUACUUCCAUUAUUUUGACUUACCUACUUUUUACACAACAUUCCCUCACUGACCUUAGAACAUAACAGGGGUGUAUUUUACACUGCAGGAUCACUUGAUUUCAAUGGCUAGAACUGAAGCUGACGGACAAUGUGGCUUAGAAAAUAUGAAGUUUUUCCUGAAUACUGUAUUAAUGAAAGUUACUUGUUGCUCCUGUCGGCAGCUCGGAAACAAGCGUGUUUGAAGUAGGGCCACCAUCCAGCAAACUGCAGUAUACUGGGGGUCGGUCAUCAGUAUUUAGGAAUUGAUUAACUUCUGCCACAGGCUUUCACCUCACCUUCAGUAUGAAAGUGAGCAAAGCCCGGGAGCUGAGGCUAGGAAUUUAUCAACUUUGCUUUGUUACUGUAGCCAAGCAGUAUCAAUUAUUUGUCCUUGACUUGGACAGUAUUUUCAAUGGUACUGUCUAAACUCCCAGUUCUCAAAAUACUGCAAGUCAUUCUCUGUAUACCACAUGUACUGAUGAUCCUGUACGUGUGAUUGUGUUUGAGAAAAAACUAAACUUCAAGUAGCACAUCUGAUUUUGCUGUGAGUGAAACGUAUAAGGGAGUUUUAACACGCACAAACAUUUCAGCAGUGUAAAGUGAAAAAAUAAAAUAUAUUUAAUGACUGAAUAAAGAUUCACAAGACAGACAUUA